AUGAUGGACUACGACAGCGACAACGACAAUACCCCACAAGAAUCCCCAGUGAUGCCAUCUUCACUAUCACUUCGCUCCGAUGCUUUGUUCAUACACUAUGAUAACACACAGAUCAAUGCACAGACAGGUACAUUCAAGACUGAUCUACCAAUGCAUAUGAUGGGUCUAGAUGAUCACUUUGUGCUGCGCCACUUGUCCAUUCGUAGACCGGACUCGGAGUAUAUCCUCAAGACAGCCCCACGUUUGCCUUGCACAGUCUGCUUGUCUCUCGGGUCCUCAAUCAUACCAAUGGUCGACCAGUUUCUCGAUUCGAUGUAUGGUGGAGGUGGAAUUGAUUUGGAUGUCGCUCGUAACUCACAUGCGAUUGCAUUCAUCCCCAUGAUCAGCGAUGGUGGUGGGGAUCAACGAUACAACAUCUACAACAGCCGACCUGUAUUCUUUAAGAAUAUACCACAAACACUCACAGAGUUGGACAUCAAGAUCUCGACAGUGAACGGCCCAUUGCCAGGAUCAUUCAUUGUAGAGCUACACUUUGAAGCUGGAUCAACAAUCACAACAAUAAAGAAGAAGAAGGCAUACAUCUAA